CAAUUCCCAUUUCUUCCCCUCACCCCCCCUGGCCCUGGUUCCCCGCACGCAAGUGACGCGCCAAUUCAGGCUUGGCUCCAUCCAGAAGGGGGUGUAAGAGCAGGGAUCCGGUGUCUGCCAAGAGAAACGCUGGGGGGGGCCAGUGGGGUACCGGAUCCGCAGUAUUGGUGCGUCAUAUGUACAAAUGUACAAAUGAACAACCUAAAUUUUAACAGGGCCGUUGCAACGUGGGAAUCCGAUUGUUGUCCGAUAUCGAAGUUGCGAUUGUUUGGUCCCAACUCUGCCGGUUGAGGGUCCUCAGGAGGGACUCAACGCUCACUGUACACAACAACUGCCUCUUGUCUUCUCUGUCAAUUGAUAUCUUACUUGCACAUACAACCCAAAUCUCUAUUCCAAGCGGUUGUUGCAUCUACCGCGACACCUCAGCUUUCAAGAUGGACGCUAUCAUCGAACUGUCUGACGUCGACAAGGCGCUUGAUCUUUCGCGCAUUCGCUACCAGCUAAUCCGUCUGGAGGACACCAUCAUCUUCCAUUUGAUCGAGCGUGUUCAAUUCCCCCUCAAUAAGAACAUUUACAUCCCUGGUGCCGUCCCGCUCCCCGACACCGACCUCAGCUUGAUGGACUGGUACUUGUGGCAGCAGGAGCGUCUCCAGUCCCUCAUGCGUCGCUACGAGUCACCCGACGAAUACCCUUUCUUCCCCGACGCCGUGCAGAAGCCCAUCCUCGAGUCGAUCGACUACCCCCAGAUCCUCCACCCCAACAACGUCAACGUCAACGAUCAGAUCAAGGAGUUCUAUACGCAAAAAUUCCUUCCCAGCGUGUGCCCCGACUUUGGCCGUGAGGAUCGUGGUGUCAACAAGGAGAACUA